AUGAAUAAUAAAUAUAUUAAAAUCGUUUUUUUGGUCAUAGGCCUGUUUGCAUAUGUGAGCAACAAAGCCUUAGCAACUGAAUCUGCAGAUAGCAAAUCGGUUCGAAAAAAAUCAAUUAAAAAGAAAGAUGCUUCAAAAGAAGGGAGUUCAAGCAAUGCUACACCCUCAUCAUCCAAUGGUAAUCCGAAUACACAAAAUGGAGAAUAUGUCAUCCCAUUAUGUACAAAUCCCGAAGAAAUUAGAAAAGCGUCAGAACUUAUGGACGAAGUUAUAAAACUAUUACAACAUCAUGCUACAAAUGAAGAAGGUUACGAUAUGAAAAAACGACAUGAUAAGCAUAUAACUAUACAGUAUAAGAACAAUAAAGGUCAAGGUGUUCAAAAAUUAGAUCUUAAAAUCCGAAAUUCCGAUAAGUAUAAUGAGAUAAUACAAAUGUUAUGCGAAUCCAAGGGUAUCCAACAUUUCGGUGAUAUCAUGGUUAAAGGAAAAUUUAUCCUCAAAUACACCCCAAAUUUAGUAAUGAUAAAGCAGCGUUACAGAAAUGUUUCUAAAACAUUCAAAGGACAUUUCCAUGCUUUAUUCUCAAAAGUUGAGAUAUCACCAAAUACGACUAUGAUUGCCUAUGCAUCGGCAGAUAUAAAUGACCAAAACAGCACCAUUCAGGAAAUAAACGGCAAUGGUACCUCAAUAAAUGGAGCCUCAUUGGAGAGUGAUAACAAUUCUCAAGAGAAAGCUAUCACGGGAGUACCGAAACAAAAGGCUGCUAACAUAUUCGGAUUUCUCGUUAAAAAAGAAGACAACCAUGUUAAGAUUACCCAUAUCAGCUCUAUUAAUGAAAAUAUCCCCUUUUCCCAUAAUUAUAUUAUUCAAAUAGUUAAAACAAACAAAUUGGCAGCCAUUAUGCGCUUACGAGACCACUUUACAUCGAACUAA